GCUGACUUUACAGUCUCUAUUUAACGUCUGCCCUCUGCUCAAAGCUCUUGGGUUGCAGCGUGAAGAAUCAUAAAGAGAAACGGCAUUGUGGUAUUUUAUAAAGCUUUUUCAUCAGGGUUUUAUUUAUAUAUAUAUAGUCAAUCUUUGGGGGAGUGUGGAUAUAUUGCAUCCAAAUUUGCGUCUGCACCUUGUUGAUUGGAAGGGAGAUGUCGAAGAACUCGUUAGUAAAGCUUGCAUCAAUUGAUGCGCAGUUGAGGCUCCUUGUACCUGCAAAGGUCUCUGAGGAUGACAAAUUAGUUGAAUAUGAUGCUCUCCUCUUGGAUCGAUUUCUCGACGUCCUUCAGGAUCUACAUGGAGAAGAUCUAAGGGAGACGGUUCAAGAGUGCUAUGAGCAUUCUGCUGAGUAUGAGGGGAAGCAUGACCCUCGAAAGUUGGAAGAGCUGGGGAGUGUGUUGACUAGUUUGGAUCCUGGGGAUUCCAUUGUUGUUGCUAGCUCCUUCUCACACAUGCUUAACUUGGCCAACUUGGCCGAAGAGGUUCAGAUUGCUUAUAGGAGGAGGAUCAAGCUUAAGAAGGGAGACUUUGCUGAUGAGAACUCUGCAACAACCGAAUCUGACAUUGAGGAGACUCUGAAGAGGUUGGUGGUUCAGCUGAAGAAGUCCCCUGAAGAAGUUUUUGAUGCGCUGAAGAACCAGACUGUUGAUCUGGUCUUCACAGCCCACCCCACUCAGUCGAUCCGAAGGUCACUGCUUCAGAAGCAUGCGAGGAUACGGAAUUGUUUGACCCAGUUGUAUGCCAAGGACAUCACUCCUGAUGAGAAGCAGGAGCUUGAUGAAGCUCUACAGAGAGAGAUUCAAGCUGCAUUUCGAACUGAUGAAAUCCGCCGAACUCCUCCAACUCCACAAGACGAAAUGCGUGCUGGGAUGAGUUAUUUCCAUGAAACAAUAUGGAAAGGUGUCCCCAAGUUUUUGCGUCGGGUUGACACUGCUUUGAAGAAUAUAGGGAUUAAUGAACGCGUGCCAUAUAAUGCCCCUCUCAUUCAAUUUUCAUCUUGGAUGGGAGGUGACCGUGAUGGAAACCCCAGAGUAACUCCUGAGGUUACAAGGGAUGUGUGCUUGCUGGCACGAAUGAUGGCUGCUAAUCUGUACUUUUCUCAAAUUGAGGAUCUUAUGUUCGAGUUGUCCAUGUGGCGUUCCACUGAUGAGCUUCGUGUUCGUGCUCAUGAGCUGCAUAGUUCUUCGAGGAAAGAUGCGAAGCAUUAUAUCGAGUUCUGGAAACAAAUUCCUCCUAACGAGCCCUACCGUGUUAUACUCGGAGAUGUAAGGGACAAACUCUAUAACACUCGUGAGCGUUCACGCCACUUGUUAGCAAGUGGAACAUCCGAUAUUCCUGAGGAAGCAACAUAUACCAACCUGGAACAGUUCCUAGAACCCCUUGAGCUCUGUUACCGAUCUUUAUGUUCAGUGGGUGACCGACCCAUUGCAGAUGGAAGCCUCCUCGACUUCAUGCGCCAGGUAUCCACGUUUGGCCUCUCCCUUGUGAGACUCGACAUAAGGCAAGAGUCGGAUCGCCACACCGAUGUCAUGGAUGCGAUCACUCAGCACCUCGGCAUUGGGUCAUACCGAGAAUGGUCCGAGGAACAGCGCCAAGAGUGGCUUUUGUUGGAGCUGAGGGGAAAACGCCCACUAUUCGGUCCUGAUCUCCCCAAGACCGAGGAGAUCACCGACGUCUUGGACACAUUCCAUGUCAUAUCUGAGCUCCCAUCUGAUAGUUUUGGGGCCUACAUCAUCUCAAUGGCUACUUCACCAUCAGAUGUGCUUGCAGUUGAGCUCUUGCAACGAGAGUGUCGAGUAAAGAAUCCUUUGAGAGUUGUGCCUCUUUUCGAGAAGCUAGAUGAUCUAGAGGCUGCCCCUGCUGCACUUGCAAGGCUCUUCUCAAUUGAUUGGUAUCUUAACCGAAUAAAUGGGAAGCAAGAGGUUAUGAUUGGGUAUUCAGAUUCAGGCAAGGAUGCUGGUCGUCUCUCUGCUGCGUGGGCGCUUUAUAAGGCUCAGGUUGAGCUUAUAAAUGUAGCAAAGCAAUAUGGAGUGAAGCUUACUAUGUUUCAUGGGCGAGGGGGCACAGUGGGAAGGGGUGGUGGCCCAACUCAUCUUGCUAUAUUGUCUCAGCCACCUGAUACAAUUCAUGGGUCACUAAGGGUGACGGUGCAAGGAGAGGUUAUAGAGCAGUCAUUCGGUGAGGAGCAUCUAUGCUUUAGGACCUUGCAGAGGUUCACCGCGGCCACGCUUGAGCAUGGUAUGCGCCCUCCAAUCUCACCGAAGCCAGAGUGGCGAGCCUUGAUGGACGAGAUGGCUGUUGUGGCCACAGAAGAGUAUCGGUCCAUUGUUUUUAAGGAGCCUCGGUUUGUCGAAUAUUUCCGACUUGCUACUCCGGAAUUGGAGUAUGGACGAAUGAAUAUUGGGAGCCGUCCUUCAAAAAGAAAACCAAGUGGAGGAAUCGAAUCUCUGCGUGCUAUCCCCUGGAUAUUUGCUUGGACGCAAACGAGGUUCCACCUUCCCGUGUGGCUUGGAUUUGGGGCAGCGUUUAAACAUGUCUUGCAGAAGGACAUCCGAAACCUGCACAUGCUGCAAGAGAUGUACAAUGAGUGGCCAUUUUUCAGGGUCACCAUUGACUUGGUGGAGAUGGUUUUCGCCAAGGGAGACCCAGGAAUUGCUGCUUUGUAUGAUAAGAUGCUGGUAUCAGAAGAUCUCUGGUCCUUUGGUGAGAAAUUGAGAGUGCACUAUGAAGAAACUAAGAGCUUGCUCCUGCAGGUUGCAGCCCAUAAGGAUCUCCUUGAAGGGGACCCCUACUUGAAGCAAAGGCUGAGGCUUCGAGAUUCGUAUAUCACGACUCUCAAUGUAUGCCAAGCUUAUACUCUGAGACGGAUCCGAGACCCUAGCUACAGUGUGAAGGUGAGGCCACAUCUCUCUAAGGAAAUCGUGGACUCGAGCAAGCCUGCUGCUGAGCUUGUUAAGCUCAACCCCACUAGUGAGUAUGCUCCAGGCCUUGAGGAUACCCUCAUAUUGACCAUGAAGGGUAUUGCUGCCGGACUUCAGAACACUGGUUAGUGCUCUCAGGAAGUAGAGAGGAAUAUUUAUGAAGAAAGUUGACAAAGAGUACCAAAGAGAGGAGAUGGUGGUUCAAAUCCAACUUUGGAUCACUGAGGAGUAGAAAGAUCUAGUGGUUUUCUUUUUGUUAUUUAUGUGCUCAGGCAGCGUUUAUGGUUGUUGUGAAGACAAUUUUAUUGUGGUUUAUGGUUGAUAAAUGAAAUAUAUAUUAUGAUACUCCUCUGGGUUUUUAUAUGUAGAAGCUGUUGGCUUGGUGUCUUGGACUUGGGCAACACUACUAUCUAAAAGUUCAGCUGAAAUCUGAAUUUGGACUCAACUUUGGGGUG